AUUAGCUGACAGUUUGUAGGCUCUCCAGCAUGUGCCUGUUUGCUUGGUGCCGCUCUCUGAUAAAUCACAACAAAGCUUCCAGAGGGAGAGGAAGGAUGGACGGCACCGCUGGCCCUAACACUAACUCUGCAGCUGCUAAGUUAGUUAAGAGAAAAUUUCUUGAGGCAAUAAAAUCUAAUGAUUUUGGAAAAUUAAAGGCCAUUUUAGUCCAAAGGCUAAUAGAUGUGGACACAGUUUUUGAAGUUGAAGAUCAGAACAUGGCUUUGGCAUCUUACAAACAAGGUUAUUGGUUGCCUAGUUAUAAAUUAAAAUCUUCCUGGGCAACAGGCCUGCACCUCUCUGUCUGGUUUGGUCAUGUGGAAUGUCUUGCAGUGCUGCUGGAACACAAUGCUACAAUCAACUGUAGACCCAAUGGGAAAACACCUCUACAUGUAGCUUGUGAAAUGGCCAACUUGGAAUGUGUGAAGCUUCUCUGUGACCAUGGAGCAAAGCUUAAUAGCUACUCUUUAAGUGGGCACACAGCCUUACACUUUUGUACAACUCCAAAUUCCAUUCUCUGUGCCAAGCAAUUAGUUUGGAAAGGGGCUAAUGUGAACAUGAAGACCAACAACCAGGAUGAGGAAACGCCCUUGCACACGGCUGCCCACUUCGGCCUGUCAGAGUUGGUGGCGUUCUACGUGGAGAACGGGGCCUUCGUGGAUAGCGUGAACGCCCACAUGGAGACCCCACUAGCUGUCGCAAGCUACUGGUCACUCCGCUUUCAAGAGCAGGAGUACAGCAGAGAGCACCACCUCAUUUGCCGCAAGCUGCUCGACUCCCAUGCUGAGGUCAAUGCCCGUGAUGACGAUUUCAAAUCUCCACUCCACAAAGCAGCCUGGAAUUGUGACCAUGUUCUCCUGAACAUGAUGCUGGAAGCUGGCGCCGAAGCCAAUCUCAUGGAUAUCAACGGCUGUGCCGCCAUCCAGUAUGUGCUGAAAGUCACUUCUGUGCGCCCUGCUGCCAGGCCUGAGCUCUGUUACCAGGUGUUGCUGAACCAUGGGGCCGCUCGAAUUUAUCCUCCACAAUUCCAUAAGGUGAUAGAAGCUUGUCAUUCUUGUCCAAAAGCGAUAGAAGUCGUAGUCAAUGCCUAUGAGCACAUCAAAUGGAACAUAAAGUGGAGAAUGGCAAUUCCUGAUGAUGACUUGGAGAGAUACUGGGAUUUUUACCACUCUCUCUUCACCGUGUGCAGUAACACACCAAGAACCCUCAUGCAUUUGUCGAGAUGUGCCAUUCGCAAAGCUCUGCACAGCAGAUGUCAAAGAGUAAUUCCUUUGCUUUCCCUCCCAGUGUCAUUGAAAAAGUACUUGCUUCUAGAGCCUGAGGGAAUCAUUUAUUAAUCCUUACGAGACAGAAGUUCCCAAUCAUAGAUAUUCAAAUGAAUUCCCCUGGUACACACAGUUUGCAUAAAUAAAAUGUUACUUGGAUUGAUUAUAACACUUUGGGGAAUUCAAAACACUUUACAAACACUAUGUCAUUAAUCUUAAGGUAUCAUGGUUAGGGGGAAAUAAAAGAGUAAAGUUUAGGAAUUGUCAAAGAUAAGAGUAUAUCUAAAGUACUGAGAUAAUAAUAAAUACACGUAGUGCUCUUACUAGGUGCCUGAUAUAUUUUUGUAAAAAAAUUCCAUAUUUGAUCUCAUUUGAAAUGGGACCCAAGUUUUCUUAAAACUAAUUUCAUUCUCUCCAUUAUAAGUAUUAAGUUUACAUUACUAUUCAGUUGGCAGGAUAACAGACUUUUUGAUCAGCCUCUUAAUCUCUGUAUUUCCUUUCCAUUAUCUUUUAGCAGAAGUUACUGUUGCUAGUUUUGGGAAUUCUUUUCCCAGACAAACUUCUCAGUUUAUUUGGGGGGAAGAAGGCAUAUGAUCUUUGAGGCAAAUUAGAAAUGAACAGCAAAGACUAUUCCAUCUGGCGGUCAAAAAUGGUCAUUUUUACACAUUCUCAUUAAACCAGAGGCUGGAGAUAUGACUACAAGUUGGAAAAUAACACUCACCCUCCAGUUCCUUAGUGUUAGGAAAUAAUCCAGUCUGUAUGGCAGAAAACUGCAGAGUUGAAUAGGGCAAGAGUCAUGCUUCAUACUUGCCUUCAAAAUUACGUCUCUGACAGUAGUGUAAUUUUGUUUUAACAUGAAGAUAGCAAAAGAAUUGUGUGAAAUUGAGGGAUUACCUGCUUCUUUUAGUGUAAGAGCAUUCAUUUUAAGUUUCUUUGAACUUCUAGUUCUAUUUUAAUAUAGUUUUCAACAGCAUACAUGAGAUAGCUAUGGCACACUCCACAGUGGUUACAAGGAAGUUUAGGAAAAAGUGUGCUCAGAAGUGUGUGAGGCAUGACUUAAGUUGAUUAUUUUUUCCUUUAUAUGUAACUGACUAACAUGUAAGAGCAUUUUAGUGAGAACAUAGGGGCACUUUGCUAGUGUGGUUACCUUAUAGAAAACAAAUAGACUUUGAAAACAGUUUCAAUUUGAGAACCUUGGAAAGAGAUGAGUUAGACUUACUAGUGUUUUUGUAGAAGGUGACUCAUAGAAAAUUAAUCUGAUGACCUCAUGGUUGUGAGGCCAACUUUGACUUAGGAUUUUGUUCUUGUCCACGCUUAGAUACUUUUAUUGCCUUUUAGUCUCACUUGUAGAAGUUACAGCUGACACAAUUAAGCACAAAUUAAUUUCCAGUUGUGAGCAGGUUCAAUCUAUCUGUGUGGUUUUCCCUCUUGUUCAGUGCUAAGUGUUUUAGUUUUGAGUAGAAAUGAUGUCAGAUAUUCCACUAACUUGUUAUGUAGACCGUGCUUCUAAACUAGACCGUGCUUCUAAACUAGGAUCAACAUACUCCCCAUGCUAUGAAGGAGAAAUCAUAGGUGUUCACAAUGAUCUUUCUGAUCAGCUUUACUUAGAUAUUUUAAGAGAAAUAUGCUAUAUACUAAGAUAUAAAUUAUGGAAAAUAAUGCUAAAUGUGUAUGUGAGGUACAAAUAAAACACUCUAUUCAAAAAUAGUUUUGCAGCAUUUGUAAGAACAAAAACAUUCUAGACCUUUGGGUAGAGGAGCAUGCUGCUCCUUUCCCUCCAGGAAUAUUCUAGCAAAUACAUUUGUGAUGUACUGAUUUGUGGACAAAUAAGACUGAUGCUGAAGAAGAGGAAGAGGAAUUUAUUUACAUGGGGGAAAUAUUGUUUCUCAGCCUAUCUGUUUGUGCUUAAGCACUUCGUAUUAAUCUAGCAUGCAAUGUGUGACUAUCUGUUGUGAAUUGUUUAUUCAUGCAUUAAAAAUUAUUACUCCCCACUUUGAAAGUGUAUUUAAAAGACUUAAAUAAAGCUCUUUUGUUUUCUCUCA